AUGGUCACAGGCGCUGCUACCACUUCGUUCUCUUCCCUUUCUGGGCCGUGGCUGACUGCCAGAUCGUGGGAGUGGAAGUCUGUAUACUCCCGCGUCACGGUCGGGACGGUUCUGGUGACGGUCGAUCAGAUUACGAAUCAAACUGUGACCUCGACGUCGUAUAAUUCGGAUCAUUUGCAGUUCGUCACGAGUGGCACUUUCAGUGGUCCUGAUCUGCAUACUCGGACGGAUACCGAUGCAGCGGGGACGGUGACGGGCGUUGUUUAUGAUGGAUCUGAGAAACUUACCGUGACAUACCCGACGGAUUAUCUCGCGGCAGGAACAAGAUUGACUUACAAUGCGAUAUUGCCCACAUUCACCGCAAACAGGACCUGCUGCCACAGCACGGAGACGUUCGUGCCCAUACCAAGUCACGAAAGCCCUCUCCCGACAUCGACAGCGUCGACGCAAUCGGAAGAUCCGAGCGGGAUCUACUAUCAAUUGGUCCCUGUCAACGACUAUUUCUCGCCAGAUGACAUUUCCCACCUCUGGAUGGGGAGGAACCUCGCUCCCCCUUACUCGGGCUGUCCCUUUACCAUGUGUCCGAGUUCGAACACGACGACAGCGGCGCCUGCGUAUAGUGCGACUUGGCAGAAUGCGCAGGCGUACUUGCUAGCUACGUCGACGACUACGCUUUCGAGUGUCGGGGCGGAUGGUGGUGGUGGUAACGGUGGAGGGACUACGACGACGCCAGAGGCUCAGCAGGGCCCUACCACUACUCCCACCAAUACUUCCCCUCAGGCGGAUCAGGAUUCGCAGGCUGGGAACACUCUCCCGACUACGCCUACGCCUACGCCGCCUGAGCAAGGCCCGAGUACACCCACGAGUCCCACUGAGCCGGAUCAACACUCGCAGGGAGGUGGUAGUCCUCCAGACACGACACCGACGCAGAGUCCCGAUGUGAAUCCGCCGGGUGGACAGCCUACUGGAGGACAGCCUACUGGAGGACAAAGCCCCUCUGGUGACAACCAACCUCCACCUCCUGCUGUCGCGCCUGUCAUAACAAUCGGAGCCUCGCCAAUAACUGCGAACUCAGCGGAUCAAUACGUCGUAGACGACCAGACUCUUGCUCCCGGCUCCGCCAUUGAAGUCUCGGGAACGACCUACAGCCUUCCAUCUGCAGGCUCGCCUGUGGUGACUGCGCCGCCUGUUGGAGCUCCUGCGUCUUUGCCUACUUUCACCGUGGGAGGUUCUGCUGUGACCGCUAAUUCGGCCUCGGAGUACGUUAUCGGUGGCGAGACGCUCGCUCCUGGGUCUGCGGUCGUUGUGUCAGGGACGACUAUCAGUCUGGCAUCUGAUGCGUCGCAGCUCGUUGUGGGCUCGUCAACGGUUUCUGGAGCGGCAGGUACUCCGGCCACCACAAGCUCCACUGGUACUGGUACUGGUAGUGAUUCAGCAUCAGCUUCGUCGUCACAAACCCCGGCGACUCAAAACUCUGCGAAUGGACGCAUGCGAAUAUCCUUGAGCCAAGUCUGCUUGAUGACGGCCUUGUUACUGUUUUCGAUGAUUUAA